AUGGCCUCCAGCGAUUCCGAGGGCCCCCAUCAGAACAUUGACCAUACUCUCAAGAGUCAACAACAUCAAUCGAAUCCCGAGCUCGGGAAAUUAUUAACCAUUCCAAUGAUGUUAACUCCAAGGUUUGGGAAUUCUAGGUGGGAUAGCUCGGAUCCUGAACGCGCUCCUCCCCCGCUGCCCUUGAACCCCGGCACAGGGAGCCCCAAAACAAGAUCCACCGCUUCUCCAGGCAUUCAGGCUGCUACAGCGAGCCUUGCCGAGAAGAUGCGCGAAAAUGCACCUAGUGCAUACACGAUAAACCCAAUGCCUACCAAGUCUUCGCCAGACAAAUCUCUGGUAAAAGGAGUGCAUAGACGCAUGCAGUCGUUGCAGCCAACCAGUGAUACACGCUCAGAAUUCCGCAAUUACCUCGAGAAUAAGUCACCCGAGCGGCGUACACAAACACCAACUUUUGAGCCUGGUGAAAGGUCUCCCGAGAAAAGCCCAACCAGGAUGAGCACAUCAUCGAGUCAUGACUCUGGUCGCGAUUCACCGUCAUCUCUUUAUGUCUCAAGUCGUUAUCUUAUGAAACCACUACUUGGCGAAAGCACUCCACCGUCCGCCACCAUGCGAGCAAUCCAGAAUAUGCAGUUACCAGGUGACGAUCUCAAGGCUUUGGAAGCGCCAACCCCUACACCCCAUACAAACCCGAGUUUCGACGGUAUAUCUGAACAAAUCCAUAGCCUCACCACUAUCGCCACUAGCCUGCAAAAAGAAAUGUCUCAACUGAGUAGGCGCAGUAAGGACAACGCGACCGACUUGCUUAGCCUCAAAGCAGCAACAAACACUCGUGACGAAGACAUCCGGAAGAGUAUCAAAGAUCUGGCUACUAACCUGAGCUCAAAACUCUUCGACACCGAUAGCGCAAGCACCAGAUCAGCAACUUUUGCCUCGACCAAAAGUGGAUACAGCAUUGAUAGUAAACCGUACGAUAGUUCACCCAGUUCACGAAAAUCUUACACCCUUCCACGAAUACCCAGCCCCGGAAGUUUUGCAGCUACUUUUGAAAAAGACCUAUCGGGAUCUCCUGCUCCCCUCAGUGAUGGCUCUGCAAGCAUUGCUCUUUUGGAGAAAGUGCUGCGGGAAAUGGCUACUAAAGAGGCACAAGAAAAACUUUUGGAGCUUGUCGAUGAAGUGAAGAAGCGACCAGCUAGGGAUGGAUCCAACAAAGACGCCGAUCAAACUGUCACCAAGAUGUUGGAAGAAAUUCUAAACCUCGUCAAAGAGAAUCCAACAGCUCGAGCCUUGGUGAGGUCGAGUCCUCAGCCUUCGGAGGAGAGACCUAUUCUGGAACGCACACGAUCUGGUCCGGUUGUUUUGGGCUAUGAUUCUUCGACUGACCUCCAACCUACGAGCCUGAAAAGUCUCACUAAUGAAGAUAUCAUGGAUCUCCUCCGGCGAAUUAAGAAUAGUGUUACCGAAGGAGGCGGGCUGACAAACGAGGUAAAAGCUCUCGUUCGGGAGCUACGAGGUGAAGUACUAGGAAUGGGACGAGAAAUUGGUAGGAAAUUAGAUGAGGCUGCAGCAGCCAAGUCUGACGAAAACAACGAACGCCCCUUAGCAGCUGACGAGGUUGCGGAAAUUGUCCAGUCUGGACUUGCGGAAUUGAAAGACCAAAUGGAGUCUAUGAUUCAAGACCAUGGACGCUCUAUUUCCACAGCUGUCACACCCGCCAACGCCGAUCCAUCCGAAGUGUAUACAGCUGUUAGAUCUGCCUUUGAAGAGUUUCCUCAAGCCCAACAACCGGUUGCCGACGCUUCUACCGAUGGAAUGAAAAAGGAAGACAUCCUAGAUGCAGUCCGAGAGGCAUGGGAAACGUACAAGCCGGAGAUCGAGCUGCAGAACUUCGGACUUGAGCGAGAGGAAAUCCUCGAAUGCUUGAGCCAAGGCCUGAAGGAUUAUCAGCCCCAGAACGAGGAAGCUGUCACCUACGAUCAAGUUCUAGCUGCUGUCCAGGCUGGAAUGCAAAGCUUUAUUCCACCUUCAGUUGAAGCCCCUCCUGGAAUUACUCGCGAAGAAAUAACUGCCGCGGUCAGAGAAUGUCUCGAAUCGUUUGAACUGACGAUCCCGGAACCGAAUGUUACCAAGGACGAUAUUUACGCGGCUGUAUCAGACGCAAUCUCUGGUCAGAAACAAUUGACUGAGAACGAUUCUCAAACCAAUAUUAACCGUGAAGACGUUUUUGAGGCUGUAUUAGACGCAAUGAGCCACCGAGAAUCGUCGGAUCCUACCACCGGGAUUACCCGCGAAGAUGUGAUGGGUGCUGUGAUUGAAGCGAUGGACGGCCAACGAAGUCGAUCAGAAGUCGAGCCAAACAUCAGUCGUGAAGAUGUCUUCGAAGCGGUUAUGGAGGCAAUUGGCCAGCAAAACAUACCACGAGAAGAGACAAGCUCUAACAUCACGCGCGAUGACAUUCACAGUGCCGUGAUGGAAGCGAUGGACGGUCAGCGAAGUCGGUCAGAAGUCGAACCAAGCAUUAGCCGUGAAGAUGUCUUUGAGGCGGUUAUGGAGGCAAUUGGCCAGCAAAACAUAUCACGAGAACAGACAAGUUCUAACCUCACGCGCGAUGACAUCUAUAGUGUCGUAAUGGAAGCAAUGGGCGGCCAGCGAGCACUGCCACCGGAUGAAUCGACUGCUGGAAUGAAUGCUGAAAUUAACCGCCAAGAUAUUUUUGAAGCUGUGACGGAUAGCCUGGCAGCUUAUCAUACUGCGGCCAAAGAGGCGGGCGAAUCGAACAUUUCCCGGGAGGACAUAUUCGUUGCUGUCACUGAAGCUCUUGCUUCUCAACCAAAUUCUACUAACGGUCUAGAGCCAGGAAUUACAAGAGAAGACGUCUUGAGCGCGAUCGCAGAAGGCUUGACGAGUCAAAAUUCCAUCAGUCGAGAGAUCGAAUUGAACAAAGACGAUUUGUUCGACGCUGUCACGUCUGGUUUGCAAGAAGCAGCCGCCUCCUCUAAUUUCAACGUCGGCGAACAAGUUCUUGAGCGCCUUGGAGAACUGGUUCAAGGCAUGAAGGACGAAUUCAAGCAAUACUCCGCUGCAAACGGCAAAGACACCGAGCAGGUACUCGAUGCUAUGAAGGACGGACUUCAGGAUCUACGCGGUGAGAUCGAGUCGUACGUUGACAGAGCAUCGGAUGUUACUGGAAAAGAAGAAAUUAUUGUAACUGUGAAGGAGGGAUUCAGACUGCUACAGGCAGACCUGGAGAACACUAUCAACGAAGCAGCAGCUGGCUCCUCUUCAAACCGUGGUAACCCAGAUACUCCGGAGCUUCUCGAUGCUAUGGAAAAAGAAUUCGAACACCUUCGGUCUACACUUGGCAGUCUUCUCGUCCGCAAUGAUGCCUCUGCCGAUAAGGAUCAAAUCAUUGACGCGAUUCAUGAAAUGAGCUCGACCAAGACUCAAGACCUGGACACUUCUAACAUAGUCCAGGCCGUAAGGGACGAGUUUGAGAAUAUUCGCGAAAGCAUCAGUAUGAGCGUUGUCAAGUCUGGCCCUACUGAUAAAGACGAAAUCAUAGAUGCCCUUCGAGAAAGCUUUGAAACUCUUCAAGCGGAGACAGGACAGAAGCGAGAUGGAAACGAAAGUGUUCUGUCAAGCACCAGCGAAUUACUUGAAGCAUUCAACGACGGCAUUGAUACGAUUCGAGCCGACCUGGACAGACUGUUGAGCAAGUCAGACGAGCAAAGCAAUACCCAAGUGCUCGAUGUUUUGCAAGAUGGAUUGGGGUCAAUUAGACAAGAAAUGGAGGCACUCCGAGAGUCACAAAAGGAAUUCGAAGAGACCUCCACCGUCCGAGGCCGAGAGUUGAUGCUUUCUAAUGAAAACUCCGCAGGCGGCGACAUUGAGGGCUUGAAAGCUCUGAUCACGCAGCUUCAGAUUAAAGUGGAGGCAAUAGAAUCCAACCCGCCUCCUGCCUCAAAUCCAGAAGAUGCUCUGAAAAGAGAGCACCUUGACGAAGUGUUGGCCGCUGUCCGAGAAGUCCAUGGCUCUGUUGCCGAAGUGAACACUCGUGACAUUCCAUUCGAUCCCGACACCGUUCGCAAAACAGACACUGAUGCUAUCGAAGCCCUCGUUCGAGAGACAGCUGCCAGAAUUGAGAAUAUUGAUAUUCCUUCGUCUCAAGAUCUCGCCAAGUCAGAACAGAUGGUAGCAAUGGAAGCUCUUGUAUCGGAGUUGAAAGAUGCAGUUGCAGAGGUUUCCAUGCGUCUAGAGACUGAGGGCCCUACAAAAUCUGAGAUCGGGACGCUCGAAUCUCUUUUGAAGGACCUGUGGGUAGCUGUCGAUGAAAUUAAAAACCCGGCAAAGGAUUCUGAAGAAGGGUCUGACGAAAGCUCGCAGCAGGUAAUGAAGAGUGAUCUACAGACAGUUGAGGCCAUGAUAUACGACGUCAAAACCAGCAUCGAAGAACUCAAACUUCCAGAUAUCGAAACGUUACCCACAAAAUCAGAAAUAGAAGAGCUUUCUGCACUUGUUACUUCUUUCAAGGAGAAAGUGGACUCUGAGGCCGAUCUUACCGCCCAAGCCUUCGAGGCACGCAAAGUUGAACACGGAGGUCUCGCGGAGAAGAUCGAAGAAGCGAAGCUUGUCGUUGCCGACCUUCGUGAGGAAUUAAACACAAAACUAGACGGAAGCGAUGAAGGCCUCUCAGAACUGAAGACUCUCCUCGAGGGCCUAGCCCUUGCCUCAGAAGCGUUCAGUACCGUCGAUAGCAUCAAGGAAAUCAACGAACUCAUCAACAGGGAGUUUGAGCGUGCACGUGGCGAACAGGAAACCGCCAAAUUUGAGACGGAAGAGCGUGAUGCAACAGCCCUGAUCAAGCAAGAUGAAAACCGUGCAGCCGUCGUUGCAGAUAUCGGCUCCAAGAUGGAUGAGAAGAUUGGCGAGAUCCUUAGCAAGUACGACGAGCUACAGGUAUCUAUCGACACGAAGUUCUCUGAAAGCGAAUCCCGAGACGUGGCUCAUACGGAACAUAUGACCAACACUAAGAGUAUCGCUGAGGAUAUCCAGCUGGUCAUUGGCGCGAUGGGAAAUAGUGUUACCGAGGCCUGCGAGCGAAUGAGCGACGACGCAAAAACCUUCUUCACCCAAGUCCAUGAGUCAUGCUCCAAGAUGGAGGGAAUGCAUACCGAGAUCAAAGAGCAAGGUGACUUCUCCAAGGCUGAGCUGGAAAAGACAUCUGCAACGACAGACCGUGUUGAAACCCAGCUCCUCGAAUUCCAUCCUCAAAUCCUCUCUUCAAUUAAGGACAUUUUUGAAAUCGUUAGCCAGCAUUAUAUGCACUCCCAGCAAACCAGUGAAGAGCUCAAGACAAACCUUUCCGCAAUUCCUUCUGCUAUCCCUAACCUCCUCCCUGCUUUGCUGCCUCCUCCUGCUGAGCCCAGAGAAAUCAUUGUGCCUGAAAAAUACGAUGAUAAAGAACUCCAUAGCAAGCUGGACUUGAUUAUGGGCCACACCGAGAAUGCCAGCAAGACAAUGUCAAGUAUGGACAAGCUUGAUGAGAUUCAUGCGCAGGUCAUGGGCACGUCACGAGAAAUCACCGAAAUGGUCGCUUCACAAUCACGCCUUGUGAUCGAAGAUUACGAACGCAAAAAGCGAGAGACUGAAGAGGCGAGCUAUGCCCUAGAGAAACGACUUGCCCAGAAAGAGAAGGUUGAGACGGAAAUCCUGACUUUGACUGACGAGAAAGAGUCUCUUCUCAACAUGAUCCAGUCACUGAAGCGUGAAAAGGAAGAGCUGACGCAACAAAACACGAGAACGAGCAAUGAGCUUUCUGGACUGGCCACUGCGCUGGAGAUACGGCAGCGGGAGAUGGAGUUGUUUGAACAACGCGCACAAGGCUUGGAAAAGCGAAUCCUAGCGGGUGUUUUCGAUCAUGCUCGUACCAUGAUUUUGAAAGAAACCGGCCGCAACAAAAACGGCAUGAGCCUCAAGCGAGUAUCCAGUUAUGCGAGCACGGCUACAAAGAUGAGUCGCAACAGCACUACUAGUACUGCUAGAGACUCUCGCGGAUUGGUUAGCAAUGGCGUCGAGAUGGCAUUGAAGCGACGAACCCCUGCCAAAGCCCCAAGCCGUGAUGGAUCGAUUGCUCCAUCUAGCGUGGGAAAGGAACGAAGGAUUCUGAGUCUCAGUCAUGUAACUGGCAACAGAGGAUCUGUCGAUCGCCAAGUCGCCGCACCAGUUGGUGCUGGGGGACUGACUAACCUCAAACGGAGCCAUUCAGUUCGUUCCAACUUCCCCUCGCGCAAGACUUCUUGGACUACGCGGGACUAUAGCGCAAACAAGGAGAACGAGACGUUUGCAGAAGAGGAGGAGCAAAAUAGUGAUGCCGCCAGCGACACUGGGACUGAAAGACGGACAAGCUACAGUGGAACAUACACGGACAGUAUGUCUUACGGAACCGGAAGUACAGUAUCAGCACAUCGCCAGGCCAGUUUUGCCAGCUCUAUCAACGGCCUAGUUUCUGAGCACGCAGGGUCGAUUCUUGAGGAAGAUGACGAAUCCGAACAUUGUGAAAGUGAAUCCGAGCGAUCCGAAGACCAUGAAGAAAACGACCCAGACGACGUCGAAGAUUAUCAAACGACGGUGGAUGAACAAGAAGACCACGUUGGCGAUCUAUCAGACCUUGAGCCACCUCCUGGGUUCAAGCAUUCGGGUCAUACCGACAGCGGAAUAGGAAGCGAUAUACAUCAUCCUCUUAGUGUUUAG